AUGGGAAAUAUCUUGCAGAAAGAGGCCACCCCUCCAUCCGUGCCUGCUGGACCUGACGAAGAACAAGGCUCAUGUAUUACUGUUCGCUUACAAGAUCUGUUCGUCCUGUUCCUUUCCGAGAAGCCAAUUGUCAAUCAACACUAUGCCAAGGUUCGCAAGGAAUCCGAAGCAUGGAUCUCAAAGCAGUGUUCCUUCAAUGAGCAGAUGAGCCGAAUUAUAACCAAAACGAACUUUUCGUACUUCAUCUCUAUUUCAGUGCCAUAUGCCAACCCAGAAGAGCUGCGGACAUGUUGCGAUUGGGGGAACUGGGUCUUUCCUUUUGAUGACAAGUUUGACAACGGCAGUCUUCGGGAUAAUCCGGUUGAGAGCCAGAAAAUAAUUGACUGUCUUCUAUUUCGCAUGAAGGAAGGUAAUGAACUUAGCCAAGAAUUUGAGAAAGAUCCUCUCUUGCAGGUGCACAAUUCAGUUUGGGAACGAAUAUUUAGGUCCAUUUUGGCACUGACUAUCAAACCUUCGAUCCCUUUCAUAGGUGUACAGCGUCGAUUUGCCAAAGCUAUGGCUGAAUAUGCCCAUGGUACUAUCAGCCAAGUGAAAAAUACCGCUCUGAACGAGCAUCCGUCGCUAGAAGAGGUUCUCGCUUUGCGUAGAGAGUCCGCAGGUGUAUCCCCAUUAUUCUCAUUGGUCGAAUAUGCACACCGACUCGAUCUACCUGAUGAAGUUUUUGAAUGCCACAGCAUAAAGGAGAUAAACCGCAUUGGUGUUGACUUUGUUGUGCUGCAAAAUGACAUUCUAUCCUACUGCAAAGAAGAGGUAUCCAUCUAUAAUCCAGCCAUCAUCUUGUUUGGAGCUAAUGGUUCGAUUCAGAAAGAGGGAGUCGAGCACAAUAUGGUUGCAGUCUGCCGAAAUUCUGGGAUGCGGGCACAAGAAGCAUUUGACUGCAUCGGCGGCAUGCUAACUAUUCGUUACCGUGAUUGGUACCUAGCGUUGGCAGAUCUCCCCAGUUGGGGACGUGAUAUUGAUGCCGAAGUCCAGAAAUACAUUCGUGGGGUGCGAAAUGUAGUCCAGGCUAAUCUUCAUUGGAGCUUCAGCUCGGGCAGAUACUUUGGUGAUGCAGUGGAGGAAGUGAGGAGAACCAUGAUGGUGAAAGUCCAGGAACGAAGUGCAGAUAAGCCAGAAGCAGGCAAGUAG